UGUUAAGGUGGCCCAAAUCAAUAGCCUCUUUUCUUUUUCCCGGUAAACUGAUACCCUUUUCCCUCUCAGUUCAACCUUCCCCUUCUGCUUAAACCCUAGACCUCGACGACGAAAGGAAACCAACCCACACUGACAAAUUUCAAAGGAAUUCAGUAUGUCGAAAAGCGAAGAUUACGAUUCAGACGCACCGGAGGAGUUCACCGCCGAGCAGGGGAUUGAAUUAGAUGCGGAGAUAAGGAAGAUUCAGAAGGAAAAUAAGUCGAGGAUUGCCCGUGAGGGUAAAGCACUAAGGAGGAAAUGGGCAGAGCGGAAAACGCCACGACCAUCCAAAAAAGGAGAUGAAGGUGUCCAAGAUACAGUUGAAACCGAAGAUGGAGAUGAAGAAGAUGGGUCUCUGACUGCUAAAGGGAUGCUCCCUAGUGACAUUGUCCAACAACUUGCUGCUCGGGAGAAGUAUUGCUCCCUACUCUCUCUUUUUCCCAGUAUUUGCCUUGGUACAGGAUUCCAACUUCUCACAAGGGGGUGUCAACCAUGUUUAUGCAGGAAAGUGUUCUUUACAGAAUCUGAUGAUGAAGACGGAAAUGCAAAGCUUCCUCCAAGGAAGAAGAAGGCAAGAGGCUCAGGGCCGCAGACUGUUAUUCUGAAUGAGAUAUCCCCACCUCCAUGUUUACAAAACUCUUUAGAGUUUCUGAAGAAGAACAAGAUGCGACUGUCGAGAUCAUCAGCUGUUCUUAACAACUCCAGCCAAGCUCUUCGCUUUAUCUCUACUUCUGGCUUGUUAAGUAAGAAGUGAGAAAAAAGUUGCGGCUUCAUCUUCUCCUCCAACGGUCCAUUCCCCCCAGCCAACAGUGAGUUGAAGGGGCAAUACAUUCAACCAUCUGGUUUCUGGGAAGUGCUGUAUCAAACCAAGUUCUUAUACCUUCUUGGAGGCCUGUUGCACCCCCAGCCAUUUCGACCAGGAUGCAACUUGUUUUUGCUAAGGCAAAUAGGCAAUCAAUCUACUAUGUGUAGUCCAUGAAUUAGUGAAGAAGUGUUGGGAUCCUGUUGGCUAUUUACAGGUAUACAAACACGAAAUUUUGUUACUUGCUACUCUUGGUGCAUUAGUUACUUGAAUGUAAUGAAAAUUUCAAACCCACAGUUUCUUGAAUUAGAUAGUGGAGUAACCAUUGAUGGAAGCUACAUGCCAAUUGCCAUUUUAAGGAUUAACCAGAACUAAGUACUGCAGCCCUUGUUCCCACAUGAUCAAAUACCAAUUCUUAGCUUAAUUUAGCUGACAUGAUCCCAUUCAAGCAGCCAAUCUACAAGAUCAGAUAAGAUACUUCUGCCUUCUGUUCCAAGUGAUAGAAACUAGAGACUCCACAGAUGGUGUACUUCCACAUAAAACUGACUCGCCAGUGCAGUCUUCCACCUCCUAGACAACCUUCCCCACCCUCUAGUCUUCAAGGAGAGGAGAAGGCAUCAUCCGGGUCGACCCAUGUCUCGCCGUGUUGAACCCCCGAUUGCAGGGCUAGGAGAGCGUUCCUGACCCGGUUCAGGCUCCGAUGGUCCCUGAUGCGCCUCAGGACGACGUCCCUGUCCAGCGCUCUCGAUGCAGCGUGAUGGUUGUGAUCGCUACGAGCUUGAGCCUUUGAAGAUGGCUUCAAGAGGAGCUGACUGCUGACCGACGGCAUAGGAGGACUAGUGACCCCUCCCUCGCUGUCAUCUUCGAACGACGAGUGAGAGCUUGGACCGUUGCUGAAGGUUUCGUGCGCAGCAGCUUGUUUGGAGAAGAGGAUAUCCAUAGCUGGAGAUGAGAUAGUAGUAAGUAUGAAGAAGUAGAGAGUGGAAGGUUAGAAGGAAGAGAGGUUAGUUUAUAUACACAGGAGGGAGUGCGAGUUUAGAGGAAGGUUUAGAAGAAGGGAAGGUUGAGGUUUUGGCAUUUUCCCGUGGGAGGGAGCACAUGGUUUGUUUGCGGGGGAUGAUGGCGUGGCCCCCACGAAAUCUGUGGGUUUUGCUGUUUUCUAUAUUGGGAUGAAGUUUUGCUGGUUUAAGGUAGAUGCUGUGUCGCAUUUGAUUCGAGGGAUGCCUGUUUAUGGCAUUGGUGUUAUCGUUUAACCGCUUCCCGCGUCGCGAUUUUUUGUUUUUUUUCUAUAACCUUAUUAGUAAUUUCACG